AUGAAUCAUCAAGAAAAUGCCACUGCUUGGUCUGGAUUCAUUCUGGUAGCAUUUGCAGAGGCGCACAAAUUCUAUCCUUUAAUCUUUGUCAUUUUGCUAUGUCUCUACCUAAUCACCUUAACAACAAACAUGCUGAUUAUCCUGAUUGUAAAAUCGGAUCCUAUCUUUAACUCUCCAAUGUACUUCUUUCUUAUGAACUUGGCCUGCUUGGAGGCCUGCUACAUGACAGUUGUCAUCCCCAAGUUAUUGGAGAACUUAAUCAUGAAGCCUACAGUUAUUUCCUUUGUAGGAUGUGCCAUACAAAUGUUUUUCUUCCUGUUUUUUGGAGUUGCUGAAUGCUUCCUGUUGGCCACAAUGGCCAUUGACCGGUAUAUUGCAAUAUGUCAUCCUUUGCGCUACUCUGUUAUAAUGAACAGGAAUGCAUGCCUGAAGAUGGUGACUGGUCCAUAUAUAUGUGGGACUGCAGUGGGACUGGUCCACACCACUGUCAUAUUUUCUCGGCCAUUUUGUGAUGUGGUCAUCAAUCACUUUUUCUGUGAAAUACAGCCAUUGUUGGAACUACUUUGCGGCGAGACUUCUUUAGCUGAAAUCCAAGUAAUUGGAGUUGCUAUGUUAGCUGUCAUGGUACCAUUCCUAAUGAUUCUCCUAUCUUAUACUGGAAUAAUUUUGACUGUAGUUGGGAUGCCAUCCAAGGAAAGUAAAUGGAAAGCCUUCUCUACAUGUUCCUCUCAUUUAAUAGUGGUCAUUCUGUUCUAUGGCACAGUGUGUUCCACAUACUUAAAACCAAAGUCUAACUACUCUCCAGUGUUGGAUAAUAUUUUAUCAUUUUCAUAUACUGUAGUAACUCCACUGCUAAAUCCAAUCAUCUAUAGUAUAAGAAACAAAGAGAUCAAAGGAGCCCUGAGGAAUCUAUGGAACAAGAGGAUUUCACUGUGA